AGCGUCUCCGCGCGUACAGCGUUUCAGUGAUCGAUAGCGCGCGUUUCUAAAAGUUUAUUUCGGGAGCGCAAAGUUUUUUAAGUGGAGUGCGCGCCGAAUGCACUUCUCAGAGCCCCGAGUGUUCGCCGUCGGGCGUGCGGCGCCGUUGUGUCGAUAGCUUCUCCCGGCUUUCGAUAAAAACAAACAGAUAAAUCGACCUCCCCGUGCAAAAUCCCAUUGCUAAUCUCGAGAGAUUCCCCACGCCGCGCCAUAGCCAUCGGGAAACGGCCGUAAAGUUUUGUUGUAAUUUACGAAAUUUGCGAUUAGAAUAGUCACAACAUUAAUAGCCAGGAAUAAAAUUGUAGGAUCGCAUGUAACGGUGAUAUUAACUGUGAACCUUUUCUUGUGUACGUCGGUAGGCUGUUUUAUGAGAAACUAAAUUCGGAAUUACGAGUCUAAAUUAACACGUUUCGCUCAGUAUGAACGAGCACACAUCGAGAAUUUAAAAACGUUUCCCAAAUAAUAUAUCGUAAAAGUUUACCCACCACUUGUGUUUCCCAAUAAAAAUAUCACCAUGACUGGUGUGAUGGUGACCAGGACAAAGAAAAUCUUCGUAGGAGGGCUUUCAGCACCCACGACGCUGGAGGAUGUCAAGAAUUAUUUCGAACAGUUUGGGCCGAUUGAAGAUGCGAUGCUGAUGUUCGACAAACAGACAAAUAGACACAGAGGUUUCGGAUUCGUCACAUUUCAAAGCGAAGAUAUAGUAGACAAAGUAUGCGAAAUUCACUUUCACGAAAUCAACAACAAAAUGGUGGAAUGCAAAAAGGCACAACCGAAAGAAGUAAUGCUGCCAGCGAAUUUGGCGAAGACGAGAGCUGCAGGACGCGGGGCCUACGAUUUCAUGUGGUCAUUGGGUGCGCUUCCUGAUGGUUUUCCCGCAGCAUACGCCGCUUAUGCGGCCGGACGUAGCUAUUCGGGCUAUCCUAGCUUCGGGCUGCCAUAUCCUGCAGUGGACCUGACGAACGGCCAACUCACACCGAAUAACAACACACCGCUGCUCGCGCAGGCUCUCUCAGUAAUGAACAACUACCAGGCGGCAGCAGCAGGCUUUGGGCCUCCAGCGUCACCUCACACGGCCGGAGGACGGGCAGGAUUUCCAACUGCUAGUUCGCCAGGACCAGCGCUAGACGUCUACGGAUCUGCAGCAGACAGCGUCGGAUACGUACAAGCAGCGAGUCCCCAGCCCUCUGGAUUCCCAGCCAUCGCUGUGAGCCGUGCACCCCUUAAUUACACCCCGGGACCGCUGAUUCCUGCGGCCUUCACCAACGGAUACCAUUGAAAGCGCAAAAGCACAAAUAUUUACGUGGCGAGCGGUGUGGCGGCGCGCAGCAUGCACAUCCAGCAUCGCGCCGACUCUGCAACUCCGACCGGUCCACAGCCCGAGUGCUCGCGGCGCCCGCGACGCUUCGCCGCGCGCCGCAUCGGCGACGGUGAUCCAAUCCGUCCGGUCACCGCGCGGACCGAUCCCUCGACCGCGGCAUCUCAAUCUCACACAGAUCCCACCCCCUCUCUUCUCCCCAAAAUCACCCCCCAACCCCCUCUAUCUCUCUAUCUCUCUCCCCUAAAAUACCCUAUUGUAAAUAAUCUACUUUUUGUCGUGUGAACGAGACAUAGUUUAUCGAUUAAACAGGUAUUUUUUCAAUCUCGCUUCGACUGUAUCGUAGAUGUGUUGUCAAUAAUAAAUUACAUUUCAUAAGCAUCUAGACGGUUAAAUUGCAGGGAGGUGUAUCUUUAAUAUUUUAUUAUUCAUAGUUAAUAACAGUUAAGAUAACUUGCAUGUCUAUCCCUUGACGCGCGAGACUUUUAGUUCGUUAGAUAGUGUAACAAUUGUUCGGCGCGCGAUUCGUGCCUAUCCUUCGAAUUUGAAUUUCGUGCUCUAACAUUCUCCGUAGGAAGUUUAUAAUAACGAUUAGAUUUUUCAGUGUUAAUAGGGUUUCGGGCAGAGUUCGGAGCGCAUUAUUUUGUAAUAGCAUUAAUGUCUACCCUUCUCCGUAUUCCGCGUGAAGAGUCGACUUGGUAGCUAGUGGAAUAGGUUUGUUUGGUAAAGGCCUGGCGGAGCGCCCGGCUCCGGCCGGAGACAAUAAGACGGCUUGCGCCCGCGCAGCCGCCGCCAUCCUCGCUCGUCCACCGACACAUAUUUUAUUCUAUUUUUAAUAAAAAUUCAAAUAUUAAAGUAAUAACUAUACUACUAUAUUGCGCAUAUUUUAUCUAUAAAUGUAAUUAUUUUUGCCUAAUUCGAAUUGUAUAAAACCACCUCUUUGCAUCGAUGUAUUGUUUUCUAGCUAAAGUUUCUCGGUUACUUCCCUAUAAGACUACGAUAGACAUUCGUAUACAUACUUUCUUAUAUUAUGUAUUAUGAUAUAAAUUUUUAUCCUAAGGAUAACAUCAUCAUGUUUACGAUUACAUAAGGGAGUUUGAGAAACUAAGUCGAAACAUUUCGAUAUAUUCUCUCAUCAUAUUAAGAUAAUAAUUCGUUUCUAUCUUGUACCUUUGAAUGUAGGCAUUGUAAUUAUAAUAUACGAUUUUGUGCAUUACGUAAUUAAUAUCCAUUGUUUCUUACCAUUGUAUUAAUUAACUUAAAUUUAAGACCACUGUUGAAAAAUAUUCACGCCUCCACUAGGCCGUGGAGUCACAACGUACUUAGAUCUAUUUCAAGUUUUAAUUAAAAUAAUUAUAAAACAGUAAAUAAUAAAUUUUCAUACAUAAAAUGCAUUAUAGUUUCACAGGUUAAAUACCAAUACAACAGGUAAUGAUCAAAGUUGAGGUAAUAGAGUAAAAUAUGAAGUCAAUUCAUUAAUACAUAUUCGUUAGGUACUGAGACAUUUGAUGACGACUUUGUCUAAUCCACUAUAGGAUGCCGAACGCAGCGUAUUCGUAGCACCCAUGUAGCGCAUUCGCGUAGAUCGUCUACGCGCUACGUAGCCGUUCGUGCGUUCAUUACACAUGCACAUGUGAUUGCAACCAUUCGUUAUUUACUAUUAUUACUCAUUACAUCAAUUACAUUAAUAUUAUAAAUUUAGAUAUUAAAUUUUAGGUAAUAAUAAUGAACAAUCUUUUAAAUGCUAUUAUUAUAUAAAUACGUUAUAAAUAUAAAUGUUUCCUGUUACAAAAUAUUGAAAAUGAUACGAAAUUAAUCAAUAUUCUUUUUAAAGGUAAUUUAUUAUUAUUACUUAUGGGUACGUAGUUAAUUGAAUAAAGGAAUGUUACAAACUGAGCGCGCUCGCCGCGUUCGCUUCGCGUUUUAUUUGCAUGACAUUGUUCGCUAUUCUCGGACGACUGGAUCGGCUCGGAGCUCGCAGUCCGCUCAAACGCGUCGCACAGUCACCGGCGCGUGCGUCGGUGCCGUGCUGCACUGGAAACGCGACCGCGAUUAUGUUGUUAAACGUUAGCUAGGAAAUUGAUAAUUAAAACGAAGGUGUGAGUCUAUCAUAAGACCGGAGAACGAUAUCAUACCUAACAAAUUAACGUAAACAUUUGUUUUAUAUUUACGGUGUUGUAGGUAUUUAAGACAUUUUUUCUUAGAAUAUUUAAUUAUUAUGAAAUGUUAUAUUGUUAGGCCCGGGCCGGCGGCGGGGCGAUGCGCGCGCUCCGUUCCGCCGUCGGCUUUUCAUUCACAUUUACAUCCUCACUAUAAUUAUAUUUUCUUACCGACCUUUUUAAUGUAGGAGAAGCGUACAGGGCCGCUUAUCCCCGUGCGAGAUCGAGUACAAACAUACUUAAUUAUUAUAGUGAGUGAGUUCGUUUCGCCCGUUCGUGAGAAGCCAUCGGUUCGCCGCGAUUGCACGAGACGGUUAAGACAAAAUAAUACUAUUGUAUAUACAUAGAUAGCCGCAUGUAAAAAGACUUAGUCAAUACCAUCUGAUCGAUAUUAUUAGACUCAUUCGAGCCGCAAUCAGGAUUAGCUUGACAAAGAUAUUAGUUUCAUUAUUUUUAUGAUUAUUUCGUUAAGUUUUUGUAAGUUAGAGGUUAGAUCGGACACAGGUCAUAAUAUUAUUUUGUCGUCGUUACGUUAUAUGUAAUGAGGUUUAGAGAAAGUUAAAGUCGGGAUGUGCGUAAGCAAUAAAUGAUGAUAAUAUUAUGACCAGUGUAGAGAGCUACAUUGACGCAGUUCGGCUUGCGAGUAAUCUUUUGUCACAAACAUGAAAUCCACAACAGAACCUUCUGGAAGUAUUAAUGACGUCACAGUCGAUAAAGCAUUACUCCCAAACCCAACAACGACCACUUCCUCUCGCUUUUAACAUUCGCGUUAGUUGAUUUAUUUCAGUCACAGUUUUUAGAGAUGUGUUCUAUAUCAAAGACUACGUAAUAAUUAAUAAGCGAGAUCUCAAAUUAAUUUUAAAAAUUCUUUAUGUGAUUCUAAUAUCGUAUAAUAUCCAUCUAUAUAUAAAAUUAAAUUAACUAAAAAGAUAAUUUAUUAUAUUUUGUAUAAUAACUUUCUACAUUAAUUUACACUACUUAUAUUGUUAUUAAAGAUAAUAAUUAAUUUUAAAGGAAUAAAGUGACAGACUGGUAAUGUUCGUAGAGUCGCCGUGGCGGCCUUAGAUCAGUAGCUUUGCAUACUCGGCAACGGCCAACUUAAUGAUUCAAGGACCAAAAAGUUUAAAAAUUAAUUCGCGUAGAACCGGACGCACAUUGGCUCCACACGAACUGAUACACACUGUUCGAUAUCAUUGCAGCAACAGAGCGUGUCUGUGAGAAUUGCGUUUGAGAAUCAAGAGUGGGCUUAGGGCAUAACGGCUGCCUCUGUGACGUCAUGGACGUUUCUGUACACCCUUUUACGAUCGCUUCACAUAAAUUAAAUUUCUUAUUGUAGCUCUAAUAGUUCUUAAUUCUUACGAUACUUAUCUUUGUAAUGAUAAAAAUAUGGCAAUAUUUAUCAAUAAGGCUACUGUAGUUUUGUCAAUUUCAUACAUCGCAUCUUUUUGUAUUAAUAGAUUAUGACGGUAUAAUUUGGACGAGAAGCUACGGGUAGUGUGACGUCACGGGCGGUGCCGCUAUGGCCGGCGCUCGCGAAUACAACCCCGGCACCCCUCCCCGCCCCGCGCAACGCCGCCCGCUUCGUUUCGUUCUCGCGGUUACUUCUCGAUUACGUGCUUCGCGUGCUGACUGAUUUUCUAUAGCAAUAAAAAUCAAUUACCUAAGAUUUUACAUUAAAGUAAAUUUGGAUUUAUAUACGUUCGAAUUUGGUGUCAUGUACAUUUAAAUUAGGAAAGAAGUUAAUGAUAGGCGGACGGGCCGCGCAUUCGCCGCGGUCCCGAUGCGGUAUUUUCGUCAUUUCUUCGUGUAUAGUAUGUUACAAUGAAUCUGUAUACAAUAUGGAUAUAAAUCGUAUGAUGAAUAAAUUAGUUUUUAUGGCAUCUCUUUAUUAAUAAUAUCAGAGAUUUUGUAAAAGCGGUGGGAACGACCACCACCCGAUUUCGUGCACCUGUGCACUUUAACUUAUUGGAAUAUAACAUUAUAAUAACGUAAUACUACGUACUAUGAGAUAUAUAAUCAUACAGCCUUACGGGGCGCGCGUGUAUGGCGAUGUAUGUAUACACAUUGUGCAAUGUACAUAUACCUAUUAUAAUACAAUGAUUUAAGACAAGGUUCACAUCGUGCCGUGUGUAUGUGGUAAUAAUAAAUAUAAUAUGGACAUUGUUCAAACAAUAA